AUGGCAGUGACAGCAAUGCGCUCCGUGGCUGCUGCCAUGCGCCCACGAGCCUUGCGCCGCGCCCGCGGCAUCACUGUGGAAGCCAUGAGGCUCAACACUCCUUUAAAGGAGAUGGAUCCAGAAAUCCACAACAUCAUUGAGGCUGAGAAGGAUAGGCAACGGCGCUGCGUGAACCUCAUCGCCUCUGAGAACUUUGCACCAUUGCCUGUUUUGGAAGCGGUUGGCUCGGUCAUGGUGAACAAGUACUCCGAAGGCUAUCCAGGAGCCCGCUACUACGGUGGGAAUGAGUUCAUUGAUCAGGCUGAACGACUUUGCCAGCAAAGGGCUUUAGAAGCCUGCAGAUUGGACCCGAAGGACUGGGGCGUGAAUGUCCAGUCGUUGAGCGGCUCACCAGCCAAUUUCCAGGUCUUCACCGCCUUGUGCGAUGUUCAUGAUCGGAUCAUGGGCCUGGACCUUCCCCAUGGUGGCCAUUUGUCCCACGGCUACCAGACAGACACCAAGAAGAUUUCCAUGGUCUCCAAAUACUUUGAGUCCAUUCCAUAUCGGCUCAAUGAAGACACUGGCCUCAUUGAUUAUGAUGAAUGCGAGAAGUUUGCGCUCCGCAUCCGUCCCAAGAUUUUGAUUGCUGGCACUAGCGCCUACUCUCGGCUGAUUGACUACAGCCGGAUGCGACAGAUCGCUGACAAGUGUGGAGCAUACCUUUUGGCCGAUAUGGCUCACAUCUCUGGCCUUGUAGUUGGUGGUGGCAUCCCAUCUCCUUUUGAGUAUGCAGAUGUGGUCACCACCACGACGCAUAAGUCCCUGCGGGGCCCUCGUGGGGCUAUGAUUUUCUACCGAAAAGGGCAGCGCGGAACUGACAAGAGGAAGGGGAAUGCGAUCAUGUAUGACUUGGAGGAUCGCAUCAACGCGAGCGUGUUUCCGGGUCUUCAAGGCGGCCCCCACAAUCAGAGCAUUACCGCUUUGGCUGUCGCCUUGAAGCAAGCCACGCAGCCGGAGUUUGCCACCUACAUCCAGCAGGUCAUGAAGAAUGCCAAAGCCUUCGGUGAUUCUUUGCAGAAAUGCAACUUUAACUUGGUCUCUGGUGGUACAGACAACCACCUGCUGUUGAUUGACCUGCGUUCAAAAGGCAUCAAUGGCUCGAAGGCGGAACUGGUUUGCGAACAGGCCUCAAUUGUGCUGAACAAGAACACCAUCCCCGGCGACAAGAGCGCCAUGAACCCCAACGGCCUCCGCGUUGGUACUCCAGCCAUGACUUCCAGAGGUUUGAUGGAGGAUGACUUCGCAAAGAUUGGGGAGUUCAUUGGGGGUGCCGUAGAUGUGGCGGUCGCCGUGCAGAAGGAGAGCGGUCCGAAGUUGGUGGACUUCAAGCGAGUGCUGAAGGAGAGCCCUCCAGGCAAGCUUUUGGAGCUCAAGAGCCAAGUUGAAGAGUUUGCGAGUGCUUUCCCAACAGUUGGCGCAUGA